AUGCUAGGGGCCAUGAUGUACCCGGGCGCUGAGGAUGCCGACCUCGACGACAUGCGAGUGCCGCCGAUCCAACUCGAACACUUGCCUGAAGUUUUCCUAUCCAGUAUCCCGAAAUGCGGCGGGUGCCACGAGAUGAUCGUGGACCGCUACGUGCUAAAGGUGUCGGACCGCACGUGGCACGCCGGCUGUCUGCGCUGCGUCGAGUGCCGCGCCAUGCUCUCUGGGAAGUGCUUCGCUAGGAACAACCAGCUAUAUUGCACCGAUGAUUUCUUCAAUUGUAAUAUCCAAUGUCCAGGCGGCGAGGGUUCGUUAGACGGUGAUGCUGCGAGUAAGAGACCCCGGACGACGAUCACGGCGAAGCAGCUGGAGACCUUGAAAAAUGCUUACAGCAGUAGUCCGAAGCCAGCGCGGCACGUGCGGGAACAGCUGGCUCAUGAUACGGGACUCGACAUGAGGGUCGUGCAAGUCUGGUUUCAAAACAGACGAGCGAAAGAAAAACGGCUAAAGAAAGAUGCUGGCCGCACGCGCUGGUCACAAUACUUCAGGUCUAUGAAGAGUGGAAGCGGCUCACCUAGACACGACAGGUUACUGGACAAGGACGAGCUCAAGAUUGAUUUGGAUUCGUUUAGUCAUCACGAGCUGAGCAACGAUAGCUACAGCACGGUAGCACUAGGGGGCGAGGAAGGUUCGCCGGCGGGUGGGGGCGCGGCGGCAGGGGGCGCGCGCUACGCCGCUACGCCGCCAUACCUGCGCGCGCAUUCUCCACCACAUCCACACUACCACUACCCGCCAGACCAUCUCGUCUAUACUAACAUAGGUCAAGCAAUGAGUGGCGCUGGUAUCGGAGGAGCAGGGGGUGCGGGAGGUGCAUCAGACCUGAGUAGUUCGUCGUCCCCAGCUGCGGGUGGGUACCCCGACUUCCCACCGUCGCCAGACUCGUGGCUGGGCGAGGCGCACCACUACUCGCCACGCGCCUUCCCCUAG